UAAAAAUAUAUAAUUAAUGAGCUACUGUAUAUCUAGAAAUUCGUCCAAGAAUGCAGUGUGGUCCUCUAAGCUCAUGCUCAAUUAUCAGAUCUCUUUAUGAACAAACGAUCUCAAAAUAUAAAAUAUUCUCAAUUAUAUGACAUGUCACAUGACGACUAUAUUGUAACAUAAUUUUAAACAAAUUUACAAUAUUCCAGCACAGUUUCAUUUUACACAUUAAUAUAUUUAUAUAUACUAAACUUAUUUAUUAGUUGUUGCAUGAACACCAGGUUGUAACUUUAAACAAAUAUAACUUUCAGAAAGAGAAUGACCGGGUGAGAGAAUGGAUAUAUACUACGCCGGGUUUAACGGGUUUAAGCAAGUACCGCUUGCGUCAAACUCGGAUACCCUCACAUGUCUCACUCUACACACGAAAAGUGCAAAAGUUGUUGAUGUAUCAGUAUGCUGGAACUAUCUGGUGGUUGCUGAAGGAGAGUAUGUAACUAAAUACGGUCUCGUAAACAGUAAACCCGGGCUAGCCAGGCUAGAUCAUCCUCCAGGAAGUGGUGAGGUUACCCAGCUGUCAGCAACACCAAGGCAUAUUCUCUCAGUAACAUCUAGUGGAGAGUGCUGGACACAUGAGGAGGGGAAGGGUUGGAGGCGGGUUCUGGUUGAGACGGAGGAGUCGAGGGUGAAGACUCCGUCGGAGGACACCUGCACCACGGUCUCCAGCUCCUUGGAACAGGAGAAGGAGCAGCUCGUCAUUUUAGAGGCAAGAACCGUUUUUUUGGUCGAAUUGCAGAAAAAUCAGUUUUUUUAAAGGCUUAAAUUUUGGUGGUAAAUGAAUUCUAGCAG